CGGCCGCGGGGCUGGCGGGCUGAGGGGAGGAAAGAUGGCGGCGGCGGCGGCAGCUGGUGCGGCCUCGGGGCUGCCGGGUCCAGUGGCACAAGGAUUGAAGGAGGCCUUGGUGGAUACGCUCACUGGGAUCCUAUCCCCAGUACAGGAGGUGCGAGCGGCUGCUGAAGAACAGAUUAAGGUGCUGGAGGUGACGGAGGAAUUUGGUGUUCACUUGGCAGAGCUGACUGUAGAUCCCCAGGGGGCACUGGCAAUCCGUCAGCUGGCAUCAGUCAUCUUGAAACAAUAUGUGGAGACUCACUGGUGUGCCCAGUCAGAGAAAUUUAGGCCUCCUGAAACUACAGAAAGGGCAAAAAUUGUUAUCCGGGAGCUAUUGCCUAAUGGGUUGAGAGAAUCGAUAAGCAAAGUGCGCUCCAGUGUGGCCUAUGCAGUGUCAGCUAUUGCCCACUGGGACUGGCCUGAAGCUUGGCCCCAACUCUUCAACCUGCUCAUGGAGAUGUUGGUGAGCGGAGACUUAAAUGCCGUCCAUGGAGCCAUGCGUGUUCUGACAGAAUUCACUCGAGAAGUGACGGACACACAGAUGCCACUUGUUGCUCCUGUCAUUCUCCCAGAAAUGUAUAAGAUCUUCACCAUGGCUGAGGUCUAUGGUAUUCGAACCCGUUCCCGAGCUGUGGAGAUUUUUACCACUUGUGCCCAUAUGAUCUGUAACAUGGAGGAGCUGGAAAAGGGUGCAGCCAAAGUCCUCAUCUUUCCCGUGGUACAGCAGUUCACAGAGGCCUUUGUUCAGGCCCUCCAGAUACCAGAUGGCCCAACAUCUGACAGUGGGUUUAAGAUGGAGGUCCUAAAGGCAGUGACAGCCCUAGUGAAAAACUUCCCAAAGCACAUGGUGUCCUCCAUGCAGCAGAUUCUGCCUAUUGUUUGGAACACCCUAACUGAGAGUGCAGCUUUUUAUGUGAGGACAGAAGUAAAUUACACAGAAGAAGUAGAAGAUCCUGUGGAUUCUGAUGGUGAAGUCCUGGGCUUUGAAAAUCUUGUCUUUAGCAUUUUUGAAUUUGUUCAUGCUCUACUAGAAAAUAGCAAAUUCAAAAGCACUGUUAAGAAAGCCUUGCCUGAAUUGAUUUAUUAUAUUAUCCUGUACAUGCAAAUCACUGAGGAACAGAUUAAAGUAUGGACGGCCAACCCCCAACAGUUUGUAGAAGAUGAAGAUGAUGAUACAUUCUCCUAUACUGUUAGAAUAGCAGCUCAAGACUUGUUGCUGGCUGUGGCCACAGAUUUCCAGAAUGAAAGUGCAGCAGCCCUGGCUGCUGCAGCCACUCGACAUUUACAAGAAGCUGAGCAAACCAAAAACAGUGGCACUGAGCACUGGUGGAAGAUCCAUGAGGCAUGCAUGCUUGCCCUAGGCUCAGUGAAGGCCAUCAUCACUGACAGUGUGAAAAACGGCAGGAUUCAUUUUGACAUGCAUGGGUUCCUGACCAAUGUCAUCCUUGCAGACCUCAACCUCUCAGUGUCUCCUUUCCUCUUGGGCCGGGCACUUUGGGCUGCCAGUCGGUUCACUGUUGCUAUGUCUCCUGAACUAAUCCAGCAGUUUCUACAGGCAACGGUCAGUGGUCUUCACGAGACACAGCCCCCAUCAGUUCGAAUUUCCGCAGUGAGAGCCAUCUGGGGUUAUUGUGACCAACUGAAAGUCUCAGAGAGUACCCACGUGCUCCAGCCCUUCCUCCCCAGCAUCCUUGAUGGCUUAAUUCACCUAGCAGCCCAGUUCAGCUCAGAGGUCCUCAACCUGGUGAUGGAGACUCUGUGCAUCGUUUGUACGGUAGACCCUGAAUUCACAGCAAGCAUGGAAAGCAAAAUCUGCCCCUUCACCAUUGCCAUUUUCCUGAAGUACAGUAAUGAUCCCGUCGUCGCCUCACUGGCUCAGGACAUCUUCAAGGAGCUGUCCCAGAUUGAAGCCUGUCAGGGUCCAAUGCAAAUGAGGCUGAUUCCCACUCUGGUCAGCAUAAUGCAGGCCCCCGCAGACAAGAUCCCUGCAGGGCUCUGUGCGACAGCCAUUGAUAUCCUGACUACAGUAGUACGAAAUACAAAGCCUCCCCUUUCACAACUUCUCAUCUGCCAAGCUUUCCCUGCUGUGGCACAGUGUACCCUUCACACAGAUGACAAUGCCACCAUGCAGAAUGGUGGAGAGUGCUUGCGGGCCUAUGUGUCAGUGACCCUGGAACAAGUUGCCCAGUGGCAUGAUGAGCAGGGCCACAAUGGACUGUGGUAUGUGAUGCAAGUGGUGAGCCAGCUCCUGGACCCCCGCACCUCAGAGUUCACUGCGGCCUUUGUGGGCCGCCUUGUCUCCACCCUCAUCUCCAAGGCAGGGCGGGAGCUGGGGGAGAAUCUAGACCAGAUUCUUCGCGCCAUCCUCAGCAAGAUGCAGCAGGCAGAGACUCUCAGUGUCAUGCAGUCUUUGAUCAUGGUGUUCGCUCAUCUGGUGCACACUCAGCUAGAACCUCUCUUGGAGUUCCUGUGUAGCCUCCCAGGACCUACUGGCAAACCUGCCCUAGAGUUUGUGAUGGCUGAGUGGACGAGCAGACAGCACCUGUUCUAUGGACAGUAUGAAGGCAAAGUCAGCUCUGUGGCACUCUGUAAGCUGCUCCAGCAUGGCAUCAAUGCAGAUGACAAACGGCUACAGGAUAUCCGUGUGAAGGGAGAGGAGAUCUACAGCAUGGAUGAGGGCAUCCGCACCCGCUCUAAGUCAGCCAAAAACCCAGAACGCUGGACAAACAUUCCUUUGCUGGUCAAGAUCCUAAAGCUGAUCAUCAACGAGCUCUCCAACGUCAUGGAGGCUAAUGCCGCUCGCCAGGCCACUCCUGCAGAGUGGAGUCAAGAUGACUCCAAUGAUAUGUGGGAGGACCAGGAGGAGGAAGAGGAGGAGGAGGAAGAUGGUUUAGCUGGCCAACUUUUAUCUGACAUUCUUGCUACAAGUAAAUAUGAGGAGGAUUACUACGAGGAUGAUGAGGAAGAUGACCCUGAUGCCCUGAAGGAUCCUCUCUAUCAGAUUGAUCUGCAGGCAUAUCUGACAGAUUUCCUCUGCCAGUUUGCUCAGCAGCCCUGCUACAUGAUGUUUUCAGGCCACCUUAAUGACAACGAGAGGCGAGUUCUACAAACCAUCGGCAUCUAAAAAGGGGAGCCUUUCUACAUUUGCUCCUUCUGGCCCAGCCACAAACCAUUUUGCAGCCCUCAGUGGCCUUAAGAUGCACUUUCUUCUCAACCUAAAGUGGCAUCUUGACCUUUGGCCCUUGGCCUCAGCAGUGACACUGAUGACAACUCAGACCAGGCUCACCAGUGCCGGUCACUUAGGAAUGCUGGAACAAAGGACAUUUUUCAAAGUUCCCCUGAAGACAUCCCAUCUCUGGAACCUUUUUUCUCCCCAACUCUGCCCCAACCUCUGUUUUUAGAGCCCUCUGCUGGCCAGUCCAGAAACAUUAUUGCCCAGAAGAAUUACGUGUUCAUGGAUUAUUUUGCCCCGCCUCAGGAACACAGGAAGUCACUACCAUUUAUAUUCUAAAACAGACCUAUCUACGUUCAUAGGACUUCUGAUGUGUUCAGAUAGGAAUCCUCAAGAAAGAUCAUUAUGCUUUCUGCCCUGGACCACUGCUGCUCUGGGUUCUCGGGAAGAACAGGCAGGAGCAGCUUCAUUCUAAGCCUUUACAGUGACCUCUGCCUUGCUUCCCUUCUACAACACUAAGGCUCCUCUGUCAGAGGAGGUCAUCUUGUUUUUGCCUCAUUGCAUGACAUAACCUUUCCCCUUAAGCUGUUCCUAUAUAUACAUGCACACACAAACUAAGCCAGACAGAUGGCAAUUUGAUUUUCCUUUUUUAGAAAAAAAAAAAAAAAAAAAAAAUGGGGAAAAGGGAUUUUUUUUUAAAAUUCACCUGACCCAACUAUAUUUAAUAUGCCUCUCCCACACAUUACCACAGAGUCUGAUAUUCAAAAGUUAUCCCCUCUCCCUCAGGAAGCCUCUAAAGUGGUUAAGUUUUAGCCCUCAAAUUUGCAACAUGUAUUUUUCUAGGACAGUAAAGUAAUCUUUACAAAUGAAUUUAGUUGCAUGGUA